AUGGCGACGCCUCCCAAGUAUUCCAGCACUCUUGAGCGCGUCUCCAGCGUCACGAAUCGAGUCUUCGCCCAUUCCCUCCCAGAUCCGUCUCCCAUCGCCCAGGCCUCACUUGCCCGGGAUAUAGAGGACGACACAGACGAAGAUUCCGCAGGCACAGAGUCCGAGUCAGAAAGCUCUACCCUGCGUCCGUCCACCUCUGCCCCGGGAACGGGAGGAUACUCAUUUGUCGGAUCAUACCGCAGACCAAGCUUUGCUGGAGCGGGAAACAGAGCUACUCUCCUUCCGCGGAUCGCACCAGAACAUGAGCGCCUUUCCCGGGAAGAGAGACAACGGGCAAUGGAGGAAGAGCGGUCUCUGUUGAGAGACAACAACAUAAUCCCACCCAAACAUCCUCAAGCCUCGGCCGACCAAGGCGGUCGCAAGAGAAGCAUUUUCCACAUACCUGGCGGUGACCGCAAAGUCUCUCGAGAUGAAGAGGCUGUUCCGGCGGUCGAGAUCAACGUGGGCCUUGCAACCGAAGUCUCGCCGCUGCUAGGCGACCCAAACCUGCCCUAUGGUGGUCAAGAUGACGCCCAGACCAUCAAUCAGAAGUGGGAGGAAGCUGUGGCAGCAGGCAUGAUUCACACCACCUGGCAGCGUGAAGCCAAAGUCCUUGCUCGCUACUCCGCGCCCUUGAUGGUGACCUUUGUUCUUCAAUAUUCGCUUACCGUCGCGAGCAUUUUCACCGUCGGGCAUAUUGGCACAGUGGAGCUAGGGGCCGUGAGCCUGGCUUCCAUGUCUGCCAACAUUACCGGCUAUGCCAUCUACCAAGGCUUAGCCACGUCUCUUGACACCCUCUGCGCACAAGCCUACGGAUCCGGCCGCAAGAAACUUGUCGGCCUGCAAAUGCAGCGCAUGAUCUACUUUUUAUGGACCAUCACCGUCCCUAUCGCCGUUAUCUGGCUGCUCGCAGAAAAUAUCCUCCUUGCUCUGGUCCCUGAGCCUGAGGUGGCCAAGCUGGCAGGGCUGUAUCUGAAGGUCGUUCUGCUCGGUGCCCCUGGCUAUGCAGCCUUUGAGUCCGGGAAACGCUUCGUCCAGGCACAGGGACUCUUCUCAGCUUCCCUCUAUGUCCUCCUCUUCUGCGCCCCUUUCAACGCGUUCAUGAACUGGCUGUUCGUAUGGAAAUUAAAGAUGGGAUUCGUGGGCGCCCCGAUUGCUGUUGCCAUCACGGAUAACCUGCUCCCGAUAGGUCUGUUUAUCUACGUCCGUUUCUUCUCCAAGACCGGCAUGUCGUGCUGGAAUGGAUUUACGAAAAAGGCUUUCCAUAACUGGGGGCCCAUGGUCAAGCUGGCCUUGCCGGGGGUGGUGAUGAUUGAAGCCGAAGUGCUUGCCUUUGAAAUUUUGACCUUUGCGGCCUCGUAUUUUGGCACCACGGUCCUCGCCGCACAAUCUGUCCUCGCGACCCUCACCUCCCUUACCUUCCAGAUUCCCUUCCCGCUCUCUAUCGCGGGCUCCACGCGCGUCGCCAACCUCAUUGGUGCCACCUUGGCCGACGCCGCAAAAGUGUCGACGCGGGUGACCUUUUCCGCCGCCAUCAUCGUCGGCAUUCUCAACGUGACCCUCCUCUCCGCCCUGAAGGACUACAUCCCCCACCUCUUCACCUCCGACCCCGAAGUGGUCCGCAUCGUCAGCGACAUCCUACCCCUGUGCGCGGCCUUCCAGCUCUUCGACGCUCUGGCCGCCAACUGCAACGGCAUCCUCCGCGGCCUCGGCCGGCAAGAAUUCGGCGGCUACGUGCAGCUGUUCUGCUACUACGUCUUCGCGAUGCCGAUCAGCUUCGGCACUGCGUUCGGGGCCGGCUGGGGCCUCUGGGGCCUCUGGACCGGUGUAGCUCUCGCACUGGGCCUGGUGGCGCUGAUUGAAUUCGUGUAUCUGGCCAGGACCGACUGGCAGAGGAGCGUGGACGAGGCGCGGGCGAGGAACCUCGAAGGCGGUCUGUGA